GCAGACAUCGAUUCACGAACGUUGCUGUUAAUUCGAGCUCGUUCGUCGUAUACGCAAGUCGUGCGCACCGUGUAUCUGGUUGUUUCUGACGGAAAAUUUCACGCGAAUUCAUCAGUCGUCCCACGAUUUACCGUGACCACGCGAUGGAUGAGUGAGAUAUUAUAUAUCGCCCGAACAGUUUAUUAACGACACGAUUUUUUUUUUUUUGCAAAUUGUUUAGUAGACAUUGUCGUCGUAUAGAUCAUAAUAUAUCGUUGUAUCAUUCGAAUCGUUCGACGAUCAACGACGGUUCGUCGCGAAAAUUGUCGCAUCAAAGUAAUUAUAUUGUAAUUUCGCGAAGAACAAUAGAAAAUUAAAUCAAAACUGAAAUUGCCUAAAGUUUCUUGGUUGGAUUUUCGAAAUGGCGCGUCAACAACAGUUCGUGGCCAUGUGGUUAGUGUUCGCGGUUCUGGUCUACGACAACCACGGUUACGUGUCGAACCGGAGAGUGAAAAACCAAAGGCCUGGCGUCCGGAGUUAUUCGGACGACGACAAGAAUAUAGGAAGCACUGAAAUAAAUGUGUGCGCGCUCGAACAGAAGACUACCAUCAACUUAUUCUGUUACUGCGACGAGUCCAAGCCCUACGCAGCCACGUCAGCCGACUGUUGGGUGUUCAACGACGGCGAACCUCGCGAAUCGGCAGUGUGGCGUGAGUUCGGGUCACAGUCGAACGUGACAAAACUGACGUUCAACGUACGCGGCACCACGUCGAAGACACUAUCAUUCGUGCCCACCGAGGCGUUGGCCCGGAUGCCCGAGCUCCGGACGCUCGAGAUCGUGUACGCCGAUAUCGGCACCGUGCAUUCGCACGCGUUCGCCAAUCUUUCCCGGUUGCAGGACUUGGCCCUGGUCCGGAACCACAUCGUGCAGCUGGCCAGGGACUCGAUCGCGUACAUGGAGGACCUACGCGUUGUCACGCUCGGUGACAACGCCAUCGAGAGCAUCAGCAACGAUGUGUUUGCCCGGUUGCCCGCGCUCAGGAAGUUGUACAUGGACCGGAACAACAUCAGCUACAUUGCCGAGGGGGCGUUCGAACAGUUACGCAAGUUGGAGGAGCUCGACCUGUCCGAAAACAGAUUGACGGGGUCGCUGUCCAGGUACGUGUUCCUCGGGCUGGUAUCGGUAAAGCGGCUGGACAUGCGGGCGAACCAUUUAGACCGGGUGGGCCCGGACGCGUUCGCCGAGUUGGUGUGCCUCGAGGAGCUCGUGCUCGAGGACAAUCUCAUAAAGACGAUCGACGGCAGAGGAUUUUCUGGAUUGCCUAGCCUCAACAGACUGAAUUUGGCGGAGAAUCGGUUGACUACGCUCGACGACCGCACGUUCCACAGUCUUGACAAGCUCAAGUACAUCGACAUUAGAUACAACAACCUGAAAACGCUCACAUUCGGCACCGUGGAACCGAUCUUGGAACGGCUCCGGAACUCGACGUUCUCUUUCCACUUCAAAGGUAACAAGUUCGAAUGCGACUGCGGUCUGCUGUGGAUGAACCAACUGGCCAUCGAAACGAACAACGAACAAGUGGCGCGCGAGAUGUCGGCCGCGCAGUGUCAGAUGAACGAAACGGCCGACGGCGACGGCGACUUGACGUCCGAUCUGAAAGUGGCGGGCCCGAAAAACGGUUACGGCGGCGGUUACGGCGCUAACAAGGUCGACGCCGAGACGGCCGCAGACAAAUCGGUCGGCAGCAGCGGAGAAACGAUGGACGCGGCCGACGGGUCGCCAAGGCUGUCAGACGAUACGCAGCUGAUCGCCGUCAUAUCGCUGAACGAGGACACGUGCCCCGGCAAGGAGCAGCCGCUCGUGGACGGGGCGCCGGACGCGGCCCAAAAUUCGGAUCGCGUGCUCUGGGAAUCGACCAAGUCGGCGGCGGCGGCCUCGGGUCUCCCGGCGCCGCUGUGUCUGUCAGCUCUACCCGUCCUCGCCACCGUCCUCGCCAUCGUCCGUUCGCGUCGCUCUUAGGCCAACAACGCCUGCCGAGCGACGAUGAUAAUAUUAUAAACGACAACGAUAUAAUAUUAUAUAGACUUACAUACUUACAUUUUAUAAUUACGUGUC